AUGCUUGUUUGAAAGAUGGCGGAAAGACUCAAGACCUUGCGAAAGUGAUUCUCAAACAACUAAAUUUAACACAAGAUGAUAAGGUGUUCUUCAGCGGCAACCUCUAUUUCGCCAAAUAUCAGUUCCACGAAUUCGAGUGAAAAUGUCGUGCCACCAUGCACAUGUAAUUGGACAAGAAGAUUCAUUGAUAAGUUUGGAAUACGUUAUGAAUGUAAAACGCCCACAAACAUUGUCACAGAACACAUCUCUGCGGUGUCUUAUAACCUUUUCCCCGAAGAAGUUAAUAAUCUUGAGAAACUAUCAGAUAUCUUAGGAUGUUUAUACAAUUUCAACCACGGCAGUUUGUUUGAUAUCAAUCACAGAGGUCUAAAUUUCUUCACGCCAAACGAGGAGCAACUGCGAGAGGAAGUUACAAUAAAAGAAAUCGAUUUAUCAAAGUACUCAACAUUUGUGAAAAAAUUUGGAGUGAGUCUGUGGUACUUAUUAAAAGAGAAACAGACUGCGAUUCCAGAGGCAAAGUACUGCUGCCUGUUUGAACAAUUUCUGGAGAUGUUUGGGCUAGAUGUCAUGGCAAAGCCUGUAAUAGAAUCAGAAUCAACCGAAAUUUUACGACAGAAAGUUUCAGCAAGAGCAGACAUUGUGUGCAUAAGUCCCAGAGAUGUUGAGAAAUGUAUUCUGGCAGUCUGUGGGGUGACCGAUGGGUGCUGUGUUUGUGAAGCAGACACAGAACCCACGGCAGCAAAACUAAGAAGGACAGGAGAUGCCCCCGGAAGAGAAGAUCUGAGGUUACCUGAUGGAUUACCUGCACAACACGUGGGCGAUCUCCUGACCUACCUAGACAAGUCUAUUUGCAAAGAAGCAAUUCUGGGAAUGACGGUGGAAAAAACAGCAGUCACUUUCACAAGGUUGUUCGUAAUGGACGAAACAUUGAAAAAGAUUCAGAGUUCAUCGUCUCAUGGGUCAGUCAAACUCAAGGAAGAAGAGAGGCCUGUUCUGUAUUACAGUAAACCUUACAAUUAUCUGCUGCAGGACGACAGAAAGGAAAUCGUUAAAGCACUUCUGACUCUUACAGUGAUGGAAAAGCGGCGAGCUAAAAAGAGUUAAACCUUCUCUUGUACCAUUUGAUUUUUGAACAGUGUUCGCUACAGGAACUGCUGUAUGUUUCUAUGGUGCUUUAUAUUUUAGUUUUACACUGUAGAGUAAAUGUGUUAAUUUUCAAUGUUAGGUUGUUUUGUUUUGGGUUUUUUUUUGUCCAAUUGUUCUCCCAUUCUUUUCAAACAUCAUGGAACAACACAAAACAUUUGGGAUCUACACUGAUGGAACUUUGACAUUUUUAUGUUUUAUUCCUUUGAAAAAUUUUGACAGACUGAGUCAUGUUAUUUUGUCAAAUCCAGACUGUUCUCAUUCCUUGCAAUCAUGAUAUAUACAAAUAAUUUUGUCAUGAACUGAUGCAAAUGCAAAGUACUCUGCAAUCUUUAGUUUUAAAACAUCAAUUUCAUAAACACUUAUUAGCCUUAAAACAUUCAGGAACUAUGUAGGCAUGUUGUCAUGAUCAGUUUUCAUAUUCCCAACCUCAUUUCUCUUUAGUUUUAUAUCUGCAGGUGCCAGAUAUCCGUUAUUUUUUGUAUUUGUUGAAUUUUUCCAAAUAAAGAUAUUCGAACCACUUUA